AUGAAAGAAGAUCAGCGGAGACAUGUUGAUACGAAGCAAAAAUCUGCUGAUUUGGCCUCUAGAGGAACUUCAGUCAACAUGCUCAUUGGAAACAAUUUAUGGUUUGAAGGUCCAGCUUUCCUAAAGUGUCAAGAGCAAGUAUGGCCUCAGACAAUGAUCAAUGACAGUUUUAGCAUCGAUGACCUAGAAAUCAAAACUGCCGUUGCAGCACCAAUCGACACUAGCAUCGAUGAUAACAAUCGUUUAGAUAUGAUGAUGUUGAAAUUUUCUUCAUGGGAACGUCUCAGAAAAACAAUGGCAUGGAUUCUCCGAUAUGAUAUAAAGCUAAACUAA